UUCUUCUUAUUUCAGAUCCCAGAAGCAAAGGCGAGUGAGCGCAUGGAGAACUUCUGCAUCACCAUGAAGAAUACAAAUGGGUCUGGCUUUGUAGCCACAUCAUUCUGCACUAUACAUCGAGGUUUGGGUCAGAUCCUCAGGAAUGCCAGUGCAGCUUUCUCCACCACCAGUAACACCUUCAGCUCUUCCACAAGAAAGCUGAAGAAUAAGCCUAAAGUCUUGAGCAAGGCUGGCAUGUCUGGUGACUGCUCUCACAGUGGCUGGUUACUUGUUGAUGAGGAAGAGGUGUGGAGGAUAGGAUGCCUGGGAAGUGACAGCCCCACAGCCCUGCUCUGCAAGGGGAAAUACUGCAGCCAGUACCUGAACAUGCAAACCUUGCAGGAGAAGGCAGGCAUAGAGUCUGAUGACAUUGAAUUGCUCAGAGACUCUCAGAACAGGUUAUUUUUUUGCCAGAAUGGUAGCAGGAAGCAAGAAAACAGGCAGAACACAGACUGUUAUGGCGAGAUCUCCCAUGAGCACAAGCUCUGCCGGUAGUGCCUUCUCUACAAGUACACGUGCAUACAAGAGCUGACAGCAAGAGAGGACAAGUCACCCCUCUACCUGGUGGUUUGGCACCAGGUCAGAGGCAUGAGGAAUGUCUGGUACAAGGAGCCAAGGGUGGGGAUCUGCUGUCUCAGAGCUGUCAUCUUCAAGCUGAUGAAGAACCUGGAGCACUGUGAAAAUUUUACUUUUGUCUCCUUCACUAAAUGCUUUCAGGAAGUUUUUCCAUCUUGGCAUCUAAGAUAAAGCAACUCUGCCCUCUGUCUGCUCUCAGCAUCCAGCAUCCCAAGAAGUCUCUAGGAUGACGUGAACAAAUUUAGCUGCUUUUAAACAAGAUAAAAAAAGUGGAAAGACAGGACAGGGCAGAGGAAGGCAGACCACAUGCUGUGGUCCCAUUUUGGGGAUGAAUACUGCUUUUUUUCUGAAGAGCUGGGGAGCAGUGGUCUCCUUCAUCACAACCAGAUCUUCCAAGGGAAGAGCUGGUGAAGAUUUUUUUCCUCACUGGAGGCUGGUAACAUCUAUAGGAUAGAUUUUCCUCCCCAGCAAGCAUAGCUAGGAGAAAGGACACUGAGUUUUGGGGACCAAGAAGCCCUGAAGCUUAAGUACCUAUGCUUUCAGAGGCACUGUACAAAAAUUACUUUCUUGUGAAUCAUAUCUUUUAAUGGUUCACACCUUUGUACACUUGUUUGGCAUAUUGUAAAUACAGUUAUUUUUCAUUACAUGUCAUUUACACUAGACCUGUAGGCACUGCAAUAAACUACUACUGGUUUACUAAUUAAUAAACAAACAUAUGGAAUUAAUUAACAAAUUAAUAGCAGACAAAAAUAUAGCAUCCCCAAAGGAAAGCAUUUUUGGUCAGUCGUGUAUAAAUGGUGAGCACUUAAUAAAAAAAAACCAGCAGUUUGGGUUUUGGGAAAGGUUUUGAGACAUUUUAAAAGGGGCUUAUAUCAGAAGUCAAAUUCUUGGUCUGACACCCAAACGAUAUAAUUUUCAAAAACUGGUGAUUAGGUACAAAAAUAAUUGCCUUGAACUUCUACAGCUAUGGCUUGGACCACCUUCUCUUGAGAGGAAAACUUCAUUUCAGCUGGAGUUGUGACAAGCCUUUAAGUCACAAAGACACUCUGGAAGACUUAGCACAGAGCUGAGGAGCAACAUUUGAUGUGCAAUCAGCUUCUGUUCUAAUGGAAAGGUGUGACUGGGUUUUUAUCUACCCUAUUGCAGUGCUGUGAGAGGACUGGUGAGGUUUACCAUGCCCACUAUACAGAAACUGAUUGUUCUAGAUCUGUAUAACACCUCUCCCCUGCCAUGUCAGAAUAAAGCAGAACACUAUGGCAAAAUUGUUGAUCAUCAUCUGACUACUAAUGAGAUGAAAAUAUUUCAACAGAUAUACUUGCAACUGAAAUCUGUAACUCAGCUGGAAUCAGUAAGAUCAUUACUCCUUCAUCUGAGUUUUGAAUUUUUUUCAAUUCCAAGUCCAGUCACUAACUGCAAAAUAAUUAAGGACACAAUUCCCACCCAUUAUGUGAAUUAUGAGAUGCAGGAAAGCUAACACUUGCUGGUAAAUAAUGCAUUUUAUGUCAGACCAGUAAGAUCCCUAGCUGUGAUUCAGUGUUUUGCUUUGUUCUUCAUGAAAAUGGUCUUGGUUUUGAAAAGCUGUCAUAUUUAUAGGGAUCUGCAAAGUGUAUUUUGUUACUUGCUGUAAAUAUUACUUAUGGGGAUAUUUCUGAAAUCAAUUUGAUUGUCAAAGAGAAGCCUGUAAUUUUCACUAUAGUGUAUGCAUUAGGAAAUCCCAUAGGUAGAUCUCCUGCCACUUGAAACCAAUAUUGUAGGAAAUAGCUGACAGAAAAGAAAAACACAGAUAAGAGUCAGGGAGGAGGAAGGAGACCCAGCACUGGCUUUCAUUGCUGUAUCAAAAGCAAGCAAGAAAUCUUCAGUGACGCAUCUACAUGAACCUAUAAUGGCAUAUUUACAUGGAAUGCACAAUGCAUACUGAACAUCACAGAACUGGGAGGGAGUGAACUGCUGUCUGAUGGAGAUUUAUGUCCUCUGAGUGAGGGAAAAGUCCUGUAUAAAUUCUAUCUGGGUGUGAACCACUGAGAGGAGAUGAAGCCUCAUCCAGUUUGGCAUUAUGCUUGUCCUGACCAUGCAUAAAAAUAUUCACUAGCACAGAAUAGGCAUUUUCCUGACAUACCUUUCUCAACCUCCUUCUUUGGAAGUGAUCCUCUUUAGACAGACAUUGAAUUCACUGGUUUGGACAAAACCAGCCUUAUUAACUUGAGGGUCAGGCUCUCAUCUGGCACGUGUGAAACCGUGGGUCAGCUCAGGUUCCAAUUGUUUUUUUACCAUUCAUCCCAAGGGAAGGAGCUCCAGUCAGAUUGAGAGCACUGCCUUUGCAAGCAUAAAUCCUGGCACUUUCCUGUGCUGUGGAGGUCAGGACACAUUCCAGGCCUAGACAGAGCAGCACACAGACUGCUCCUCAGUGGUAAACUCUUACUUCUGGGGUUUCUGGUUGCCUUCUCAGAUGGUCUGAGAAGCACCAGCACAGGGUAAUACUAUUUUGAAGUCUCAAGGCCUCCCUUGGAAAGUGAGAACCAAAGCCUCACUGGGGUCUAAUUAUCAUCUUGUAUUUAAGGUGCCAUCUGCACUUCCCAGCACUGAGCCGGAGUGUCAGGCUGUCCCACAGGAGCAGAGAAUAAGAACUCUCCAGAGCUAAAAGAACUGAAGUGCUCCCACAAGCACAGCUCAAACCCAUGUUCCAAGACAGCACUGGCAACUCAUCUUGCAGCCCCAUGGCCCACAAAAGAAGCCUUUUUCCAGUCAUCACUCAUCUGCUUUACCCUCUUUUUCUGACCCUUACAGCCUGGUGGCAAAAGUAAGUUUCUGGGAGGACUGUGCCAAUUAAUUGCCUUCCACUGGGUCAGAGCCUGAGGAUGUGGCAAGCUGACACAUGCAAGAUGCAGGCGGUCUCUGUGGGUUAAAGCAGAGGAGCCUUCCAUCCCCUUGCCUUAACCUGUCCCCUUAGAGAGCUCUGGACUGAGACUGCUCAAUGUGCACUCAUCAGGUGCUGCUGUU